AUGCCUCCAGUGGGAAUGAGCCAUCAGGCCGUGAAGAGACGAGAUCUAUGUGCACCUUCCCCCUUUGUCCAUGCACCUGUGGAGGUCUGUCAGAUCCGCUCCUCUCUGAGGGACAGGUGUCUGGAUCGUGACAUCCUCAGAGCCACUGUAACCCUGCAGCAGCCCGUGGAGCUAAACGGGGAAGAUGAACUAGUCUUUACUGUGGUGGAGGAACUUUCUAUAGGCAGUAUUCUAGACAAGGGCCGCCCCACAAGCAUUAUCAGCUUUAACAGUGACUGUUCCCUUCAAGCUCUGGCAUCGGGCUCCAGACCAGUGAGCAUCAUCAGCAGCAUCAACGAUGAGUUUGAUGCUUACACUAGGUCUGAAGCAAACACAGCAGUAGCCACGCCUCUCCAGGAAGGGGCUGUUGAGGGUGCAGAGAGCAGAGGUUCUUCUGUCAGCUCAUGGUUGAGCGAGGUCAGUGUGAGCACAGAAGAAAGUAAAAGCAGCAUGGCUCACUAUCAGAAGCAACGCAACCCCCUCCCCAAACCCGGGAGGGAGGAGCGGGUCGCUGCUAGCUGCAUUCUACGAGUAGCUGGGGGGUGGGGUCCGUGCCUGAGAAGAGGUGUGUCGGGCGGACGGAGCAGGCUGCAUCUCAUCGACCUGGGCAGCUGCGAGAAGGUGCUGAGCAAAAGCAGAGAUAGCGGCGGGGGCCUGUGUCUCUCGCUCAACGCGCUGGGCAACGUCAUCAUGGCUUUGGCGAACGGAGCGAAGCACAUUCCUUAUAGGGAUAGCAAGCUCACCAUGCUGCUGACAGAGUCCCUGGGCAACAUAAACUGCAGAACCACCAUGAUUGCCCACAUCUCUGAUUCGCCCAACAACUACGCCGAGUCACUCAACACCAUCCAGCUGGCGUCUCGCAUCCACCGCAUGAGGAAGAAGAAAUCCAAGUAUGCAUCUAGUUCAUCUGGAGGAGAAAGCUCCUGUGAAGAGGGGAGGAUCCGCAAACCACCACAUCUCAGGCCCUUCCACCCACGGACAGUGGCUCUGGAUCCAGACCUUCCUUGUCUGAUGAGCGACCCUGAGUACUCCUCCAGCAGUGAACAGUCAUGUGACACAGUCAUCUAUGUGGGCCCAGGUGGAACAGCCAUCUCCGACAGAGAGCUCAGUGACAAUGAAGGCCCUCCUGCCUUUGUUCCUAUCAUCCCCUCCUUAAACAGAAAGCGGUCUGGGAAAGACGGCCCGAUGGACAGGGAUCACUUCUUCAAAUGCAACACUUUUGCGGAGCUGCAGGAGAGACUGGAUUGUAUAGAUGGCAGUGAGGAGCCUAAUGCCUUUGUGGGUGAAGGCAAGAGGACACCGGCAAGCCCCAAAACAGACAAAUCAAAAGAAAGCCAAGGCUCGCUUUCACCAAAGACUCAAAUCCGCUCCUCUCUGAGGGACAGGUGUCUGGAUCGUGACAUCCUCAGAGCCACUGUAACCCUGCAGCAGCCCGUGGAGCUAAACGGGGAAGAUGAACUAGUCUUUACUGUGGUGGAGGAACUUUCUAUAGGCAGUAUUCUAGACAAGGGCCGCCCCACAAGCAUUAUCAGCUUUAACAGUGACUGUUCCCUUCAAGCUCUGGCAUCGGGCUCCAGACCAGUGAGCAUCAUCAGCAGCAUCAACGAUGAGUUUGAUGCUUACACUAGUAGAGCAUCCAGCCAUAGCAACAGUGUACCUCGACCACCCAAGAUCUCUGGGUCUACCUCAUCACAGAGGGUGGUUGAUGGUUGUGAGAAGUCUGCCACUAAGAAUCCCCCAAGCCGCAUGCCUCAGCUCAGAAGAGGUGCUACUACUCUCGGUAAAAGCAGCAAGGCUCACUAUCAGAAAGCAAGCAACAUCCCCAAACCCGGUUGCACAUCCCCUCCACCACCUCCAGUUAGAAAGUCCAGUUUAGACCACAAGGCCAAGAGCUUGCUUCCCCAAAGUGCCUUACGGUCAGUGUAUGGAGAGACGGGGAGAGUGGCUAAGAACACCAACGCCAAUCUGCCACCAACAGGAAGAACAACAGCUCCUCGUGCCUCUGCUGCAGCAAGUACCAAGCCGGGCAGAGGAACCAUCAUGGGCACCAAGCAGGCUAUGAGAGCUGCUAAUAGUCGAGUGAGUGAACUGUCAGCUGGGAACAUGUCAGGAAAGCACACGAGAAGUUCAGGAGACUCGGACAGCGGAAAUGACAGUGGAGUAAAUGUGAACGAGGACAGAGCUCCGCUGCCCAUGCUGCCGUCACCCUACAGUAAAAUUACAGCGCCACGGAGGCCUCAGCGCUACAGCAGUGGACAUGGCAGCGACAACAGCAGCGUGUUGAGUGGGGAGCUUCCACCUGCCAUGGGCCGGACUGCCCUCUUCUACCACAGCGGAGGCAGCAGUGGCUAUGAAAGCAUGAUCCGAGACAGCGAGGCUACAGGCAGCGCCUCCUCUGCACAUGACUCCAUGAGUGAGAGCGGAAUGUCGUCUUCAUGCCGGACAAGAAGCUCCAAGUAUCCAAAGAAAAGAACAACUGGCUUUCAGAGGAGGAGACUUAUCCCAGCUCCCCUGCCCGACACAGCAUCCCUGGGGAAGAAGGUGGCCACUGCAGGCCAGUGGGUGGAUUUGCCCCCAAUGUCUGGGGCUCUGAAGGAACCCUUUGAGAUUAAAGUGUACGAGAUUGAUGAUGUGGAACGUCUUCAGAGGUGGCGGCAGGAGGAGACAGUGGAGCAGCCAUUCCAGGAUGUGGAUAAGGGCCUUAUGUAUUUUAAUAGCAAGCUUAAACUACUGGAAAGAAGACAACAGCAAGUGAGAGAACUGAAGGUGAAGCAUGAAACAUUAUUGGAGGAGCUGGAAGACACCAAGGCCAGACUGAUGAUGGAUCCCAGCAAGUGGAAGGGAGAGUUUGAUUUGGACCAAAGUUUGGACAAAGAGUCUCCUGAGUACGUGGAGGCCUUGGCACAGGCCACUGAAGAGCUGGAGUUCUGUGUCAACUUAUGCAAGUCCCAUGUUAUGAUGGUGACCUGCUUUGACAUCAGCACGUCUUCUCCACCUGUUGCUCAGGAGGGACUGCGUGAGAUCCAAGUGUGA